AUGGCGAACCAUGGCACCGCCGCUCUUGUGAUCGCGUGUCUCCUUGUCGCGGUCACCCUGGCGAGCGCGGCCCCGCCGGUGUCGCCGCUGGUCUGCAACAAGGUGUACGGGGUGGAGGAGCGGGAGACGUGCUUCGCCGUGGCGGAGGCAGCCGGGCUGACCCUGAAGCAGUUCCUCCGCUUCAACCCCAACAUCAACUGCCAGAGCCUCUUCAUCGGCCAGUGGGUUUGUCUUGAUGCCGCUCGCGCUUGA